CAAGAAAGCCAAUAAUGCAAGAUAGCUUAGAUAGAAAAGAAAAGAAAAGAAAAGAAUAGGGAACGUGAGGCAAUUUCUAAUUAUUAAUUUUUUUUUUGAAAGGAAUAUUAAUCCUCGAAUAUGAUUUCAUUAUAAAUAAAUUGUUCAAAUCUAUAUCCAAAAUGGAGUGUGCUCAAUAGGGAAGGCAGCUCCACCUAUCCUUACAAUAUCUACCACUACUUGAUAAAUCUUGUUGAAAAUGGAGGAGUGUCUCGAGGAAAGGCUAAUAGACGACCAUAAUCGGUCGCCUUCGAAGACGAAGACGAAGAAGGGCAGUUUUAUUACUUUGCCGUUCAUCAUAGCAAAUGAAUCAUUUGAGAAAGUAGCAAGUUAUGGGUUGACGACAAACAUGAUACUCUAUUUGAUGAAUGAUUACAAGAUGAGUUUAGCAAAAGGCCAGAAUUUGCUCUACUUGUGGACUGCUGCUAUCAAUUUCUUACCUAUUAUUGGUGCUUUUCUGGCUGAUUCUUUUCUGGGUCGUUUCCUCACUAUUGGUCUUGGUUCCAUCUUCAGCCUCUUGGGGAUGCUUAUGCUUUGGAUGACAACAAUAAUCCGGGAAGCGAAAACUACAAACGGAAUGUACGCCCUCCUAGUGUUCGCCUUUGUUUUCAUAGCGAUCGGUGCCGGUGGUGUUAGGCCUUGCUCUCUGGCAUUUGGAGCUGAUCAAGUGGACAAAAGAGAUAAUAACAAAAACAAGACAAUUCUGGAAACAUUCUUCAACUGGUACUAUGCUUGUGGUUGCUUCUCUGUUGUGCUUGCAAUGACACUGAUUGUGUACAUCCAAGAACAAUGGGGUUGGGCAGUUGGUUUUGGAAUCCCAGUAAUACUCAUGUUCUUAUCAACCCUCUUCCUCUUCCUUGCUCUUCCUUAUUACGUCAUGAAUCCGGUUAAAAAGAGUCUCUUCAACAGCCUUGUACGAGUUGCUGUCGCAGCUUUCAGAAACAGAAAAAUAACAACUCCAUCAGAAUCAAGUGUUGUUCAAUACCAUUAUUUGGAGAAAGAUUCAACAAUAACAAUUCCUAGUGACAGAUUAAAAUUCUUGAAUAAGGCUUGUACCAUUCAAGACCUUGAUCAAGAUAUCGGUCCUGAUGGCUCGGCCACAAAUCCAUGGACACUAUGCACAGUGGAGGAAGUUGAAGAACUAAAGUCUCUGAUUAGAGUCCUCCCAAUUUGGUCCACAGGAGUCAUAAUGUCCAUACAUGCUAGCCAGAGUUCAUUCGGUUUGCUCCAAGCGGAAUCCAUGGACAGGCAUCUAGGGUCAAACUUUGAAGUUCCAGCAGCUUCGUUUAUUACCUUCUCAACCAUCGUCAUAGUAGUCUGGAUUCCUAUCUAUGACCGCGUACUUCUUCCCCUAGCAUCAAGAGCCUAUGGGAAGCCUGUUGUCCUUGAUGUGAAGUUGAGGAUGGGGAUAGGACUAUUCUGUGCAUUCAUGUCCAUGUUGGUUGCUGGAAUUGUUGAAUACAUACGAAGGGAACGAGCAGUAGUUACUACAAACGGACAAUCAGCAGUUCUCAUGUCUGCGUUUUGGCUAGUACCCCAAUACAUCUUCAGCGGCCUUGCUGAAUCAUUCAAUGCUAUCGGACAGAACGAGUUCUUCUACACUGAAAUGCCCAAGAGUAUGUCAAGUAUAGCAACUUGUCUCUUCGGGGUAGGAAUGGCUAUAGCCAACUUGUUGGCAAGUUUAAUAUUUAACUUGUUGAAUGAUAUUACUAAGGGAGGAGGACAGGAAAGCUGGGUUUCAGGCGACAUUAACAGGGGUCACUAUGACUAUUAUUAUUGGCUUCUAGCUACAUUAUGCUCCUUCAAUAUGUUGUAUUACAUGUUCUGUAGUUGGUCUUAUGGACCUGUUGUUUCAAGAUCUUCAUAGAACUAUAUAUCAGUAUAUAUACCAAUCAAAAUAUCGCGAGUUGGUAUAUAAUAAUACUGAUUGGUACAUGUAUAUAAUCAAUCAGUGUAUUAGUGUAUGUGUAUAUCAUUUUUUUUCUUUCCUGAAGGUAAGAAAAAUAAACUUAGGAGACAGUGUAUGUGUAUUAUAAUUAAUGGUGGAUGGUUGUAGUCUUUUACUAUGUA